CAAGAAUUACACUGAAGAAGCAAAAAAGGCCAAAUCAAACCCAAAAAAGGUACAACCUUUGGGGCUCCAGAUAGAAAAAAAUUUCUUCCUUUAUCGGAAAACCACCCUAGUUUCAACUUUCCGGUUUUCCGGUGAAAACCCAAAUGGCUAACGACGGUAACGGCAAUAACAACAAUGACCCAUUACACCAAUACCUGUUACCAUUACCGGAGAACAACGACGUCACGAUUCCAAUGACUUCAUCGGAAUUCAAAAACCGAUUACUCUUCGGCCCAUUCCCUCCGUCAUCCUCCGAUUCCACAGACCUCCUUAUCCCACCAACGGAACCUAAUAAACCGACCUACAAUUUCCACCGGUCUAAAACAGCUCCUGCUAUGGCUGCAAUCAACGAUGUAACUCACCCAAAUGAUCAGAGAACAGAGCAAUCAAAUUCGAAAUCCAUUGUAAGACAAGCCCUUGCUUUGCUCGUUGUGUAUCUCUCUUUAGGUGUGCUUAUCUAUUGGCUGAAUCGAGAUAGUGACAAUGUGAAUCAGACUCAUCUUGUUGCUGUUGCUCUGUACUUUUGCAUUGUAGCAAUGUGUGGGGUUUUAAUCGUGCAUUUUGUUGAGAAAAUCGGGUGGUUGGAUUCGUUUUGUUUCUCGGUUAUGAUGGUUACAACAGUUGGGUAUGGUGACCAGGCUUUUAAUACAUGGCCCGGUACGCUUCUUGCUGCGAUUUGGUUGCUUGUGUCUACUUUAGCUAUUGCUCGAGCGUUUUUUAAUUUGGCUGAAGCAAGAGUUGAUAAGAGGAAUAGAGAGCGGGCCAAGAAAGUGCUUGGUGAAACCAUGACCAUCUCUGAGUUCUUUGCUGCAGAUAUUGACAACAAUGGUUGCUUGAGAUGUCCUGAAUGGCUUUGACGAAUAUCAUGUGAUCUUUGGUUCAAUGAUCCUCUUGGUUUUACCAGUAUCAUUGAAUCUUCUACUAUGCUUUUUCUUUUUGCAGUUUAGCAGAGUAUACAAUAUACAAACUAAAGCAGA